AUGUAACGAUAGCCAACAAAAAAGAGUUUUUCAUCUAAUAAACGUAGUGAUUCUGGAAAUGAAAGAAAAAGGAGUGUUCAUAAUGACUCAUCUUUUAAUCAUAAGGGUGAUGAAGAAUUACGUGAUGUAGUCAAUAAAUUAUAAUUCAAAAUUUUGAAAAAAAAUGAUCAUUUAACUAAAAUGAAAGAAGAAAUCAUUGAAUUAUAAGUACAAUGGCAAGAAGAUAAAAGAAAUUGGUAAAAUGAAAAAUGUGCACUUGAAAGACAAUCAGNGUAAAUAAAUUAAAAUAUAUUUAGAUGA